CUAUGGGGUUUCUAUGGGUCCCUCUGCGCUAUGGGGCUGAUGGAGAGGUACAAUGUGGGGCAGACCCACAUAUGGCACACGCACCAGGCCUACCUCAAGGGCGCCGAGUCCCGUGUGCGCAGUGACAUUGAUUCCUCCCGCCGCAUGGGGGCGCUGUUCGGCCUGAAGCUGGUUCGUGGCGCCUAUCUACACCACGAGAGGAGCACCGGCAACAUACAGCCCAGCAGGGAGCACACCGACCAAAGCUACGCCGCGUGCCUGGAGCUGGCGCUGCGUCACGUGACGUCGGGUCACGUGACCCUGGUGGUGGCGACGCACAAUGUGGAGUCGAUCCGAGGCGCCGCGCGAAGGAUGGAGGAGCUCGGGAUCCCUCGGGACGGGCCCGUCUGCUUCGCGCAGCUGCAGGGGGUGGCUGAGCACCUGGGGUUGGCGCUGGGUGAGUGACCCAUAAGUGCCCCAUAGGGACCCAUAGAGACCCAUGGAACCCCACAGAGACACAUA